AUGGUCACCAAGACGGUCAUCGCCCUGGGGCUCCUGGCCACCUUCUGUGCUGUAGCCAUGGCCGCCCCAGAACCCGGCGGUAGAUAUGGUGGUGGUGGUGGAGGAUAUGGAGGUGGUGGUGGAUAUGGCGGUGGUGGAUAUGGCGGUGGUGGCUAUGGCGGUGGUGGUGGAUAUGGAGGAGGAGGGCGUGGGUAUGGUGGUGGCGGUGGCGGAUAUGGUGGCGGCGGAUAUGGAGGUGGUGGCUAUGGAGGUGGCCGUGGCGGCGGACAUGGAGGUGGCGGACAUGGAGGUGGCGGACAUGGAGGUGGCGGCUAUGGUGGAGGAGGCCGUGGUGGAGGCGGUUACGGAGGAUACGGGAAGUAG